AUGGAUAUUACAGCAGAACUAAAGAGUCUAAAAAAUGGAGAUAUUCUUUUAGCAGAAGGAUUUUCAUUAUUUGAGGCCAUGUCAGCAACAGAAUUAUUUGACCAAAAAAUAGAUGUAAAACUGGGUUUGUGUGAUGCAGAUACUCCAUAAAAAUUACUUGACUAAAAUAAGAUAAAAACAGGAUCAUAACUUAGCAAUGAAGAAGUAAAGCUUAUUGAAAUCAAUAAUUAUAUAGCUUGUAGGACUGUUUGAUUUAGUGAUUCAGAAAAUUACAUGUUGGUUAAAUGGAAAUGCAUUAGCAUAGACCAUUUAUACAUUAGUAUAUUAGUAUGAUGAUUCAUUAUGGGAUAAUCCAUUUGUUAAAGCAUUGUUUGAUACGUUAAAUACUGUUGGAAGCCACAUUUUUAAAAUCAUUAAGGAUGCUCCAUUUCUUAGAGAAGAAGAUUAUAAUCCAUCUGUUUUCAGUUUCAGAAACAAAAGGAUACUCACUAUUUAAGAAUUAUUGACAACUAUUUUAAAUCCAUUAGAUACUGAAUUGAGUGGCAAAAUUAAGAAAUCGAAAUAAUUAACUAUAGCUGAUGCUCUAUCCUCUAGAAUUAAAUUACUUAAAGGUUUUUGCUUAAUUGUAUAAUGUCUUUAAUAAACAUACACUACUGAAUUAUAAAAAUAAAUAACAGAUCAUAUUGAAUUCAUAAGAAAAAGAUUUGAUGCUGUUGUCUAAACUAGGGCUUUAGCAAAAGAUAUGUCCAAUUAUUAAAGUACUACUAUACUCAAACAUCUCAAAUCUAUGAUAAGUAUGAGAAAAAUACCUCAUAUGGAGAAUCCAUAUGAAUAUUUUAAUACUAUGUUAAAUUAAUUAGAAUCUGUUCUUGAUUUAGGUGCAGAACGAAAUUACUUUAGCAUUUAAUAAAAAAUUUGCUCCUUAAUUCAUGAUUAUCCUAAAAAUAUUUUAAUUAGAGCUUAUCUUGAGUAAAAUCUAUUUAAAUAUGAUUCAUUUUUAUAUUUUCACUAAACUCCUUGGAUAAAUAUCAUAAUUGGAACUCUCAAUAAAAUGUAUUCUUAGAAUUUUGAUUAAUUGUAUCAUUAUGUUUUUAAAGAGUAUCAAGAGUGUUUAGUACCUGUUACUUAUGAAUACACUAUAAAAUAAUUGAGAUCAAAGUUUAGAAAAAAUAGAGAUUUUCAUAAAAACUAUUCACAUUUAUCAAUACUUGUUCAUCAUAGUAACUAAAUUGAUUAAAACAUCUUCAAAAAUAAGAACCCUCUGAUGAUCUUCAGUUAUGAAAUUGCUGUUUAAUCUAUGAUUCAAUAAUUAUAAUAUGGCUUUGAUCUAGAACUUUAUUCAGAUGUAGAUUAUGCUAGCAUAUACUUCUAUCUAGAAUAUUUAACCACUAUUUUAGAUAGAAAUAGAACUAACUAUGUAAAUCAAUUGACAAAUUCAUAAAGAGAAUAAUUAUAGAAUCAAAAUAAAAAGAAACCUAAAGUCUCUCCACUGAUUGAUUAGAUGUAUUUUGAAUAACAAUACUGGAAGGGAUUAAAUUGUCUAUUUAGAGUAAGAUGUUAUUAUAAUAACAGGGUUUAUCAAGGUUAUACUAUACCUUAAUGGAGAAUGGAUUCAUCAAAAAAGUCCAAGACAUGAAUUAUAGAUAUUCCAACAGAAUGAAAAUAUUUGAUACUUGCUAUUAUAUCAAAGCUAUUAAAUUUGACGAAUACGCACAAAAGAUGAAUUCUUAUGGUUCAUUUCAAGAUACACUCAAAUUUGUCAGUUCUUCUUUGAGUGAAGCCUAAUAACUUUUUAUUUAAGUCAAAGAAAAUAAAAUGUUGCCUUAAUAAAUGUAAGAUCAAUCAAAAGAUUUGGUUAUGGUAUUUAUCAUCUAUUAUUCAUUUCAUUAGGUUUGUGUUGUGACAUCGGUCAAUGCUAUGAAAUUAAUCCAAAAUUAAAAAUACUCAAUUUCAUUUAAGAAAACAACAGUUUCAUUUGUACCAUAAAUAGAGUUGAUUGCAUUAUAAUAAUGA